CUUUGUUCGCGUUCUACGUGCCGUGCUCGCAAGACGUCUUGCUCAAUUCUGUGAGAAACACAAUUACAAGAUGCCUUUUUGCAAGUCAAAUUUUAUGGGAAUAGCGAUGUUUUGUUUGCUUGCCUUCGGAGGCAGCAUAUUUUCUACCCCAAAUUUCAAGAGACAUGAGAGAGAAAGGCGAGCUGAGCUAGGUGUUAGUGGUCAGGAUGGUAGUUUGCAAUGCAUUGCAAAAGGACGAGACGGAAGGGAUGGAAGAGACGGACGAGAUGGACAAAACGGCUCUAAAGGACAGAAAGGAGAACCAUGUAAUUGCAACAAGGAAGGACUUUGUUAUACAUAAAUAUAGGUCAAUUAUAUUAAAAUAACAAUUAGUAAAAUUUUGUAGGAAAUCCAAGAAGAAACAUUGAAACAAGAAAUAUUAUCAAAUAGAAUACAGUUGGAACAUCUGCAAAGUGAAGUGAUGCAACUACAAACUCAAGUCAGCAAGUGGAAGGCAGACCCCUUUUCAUUGAGCAGUGUGAAAGAAUUGCCGCAGUGUGGUGUUAUACAAUACGCAAGAAAAAUUGCCAGCAUUCCUGCAAGAAACGAUUAUCGAGCAGAAACGUUCGAAAUAGAUGGAUCGUUCUACGUUAUGGUCGUUUCUUACAACGAUGGCAGCAAGCAUGGAAUAGACUCUAUAAUAUACAGAUUUGAUGGAAAUGCACUGGAGAUAUAUCAGAGUGUGGCAACCAAUGGGGCUAGAGAUGCAAAAUACUUUGAAAUUAAUGGGCAGCGAUAUCUUGCAAUCGCACAAUAUUACGGAGACAGAACGUCUCUUGGAUACGGAGUCAACUCUCAAAUACUUAAAUGGAGAAACAAAAGAUUUGAGCACAUUCAAUCUCUUCCAACGAAAGGCGCCUAUUCCGUUGCACAUUUCAAUAUUGAAAAUGACACUUUUAUAGCUUUUGCUAACCUCUACGAUAAUUCCCACAGCGUAAAUUCGCAUGUGUACAAAUGGAUAUCUGGUCAGUUUGUAUUAUUCCAAUCCAUUCCUUCUUUGGGAGCCAUCUCAAUUAAGUACUUUCAAAUUGGAAACUUACAGUUCAUUGUCAUUGCUCAUCAUUACACAGGAUCAACAUACAACACUGAUUCUAAGAUCUACCUUUGGUCAGGAGCACAGUUUGAGAUAUUUCAGUCCAUUUCAACGUUUGGUGCAUACGAUGUUGAAACAUUUACGUCAAAUCAAUUUACAUUUAUUUUGUUUGCUAAUAAUUACAACCAAAACACCAAGAGCAACAACAUCGAUUCUAUUGUCUAUAUUUGGAAUGGCGUUAAAUUUGAAGAAUUUCAAUCUAUUGCUUCCAAAGGAGCAACCGACUUUCAAGCGUUUUCAGCAUGUGACAAAACAUAUGUUGCAAUUGCGAACAAUUACGACGGCAGUUCCGGAGAAAUUUCUUCUGUCAUUUAUAACGUGAAUGGUGCUGGCCUUCAGCCUUACCAACACAUUACUGUUGCAAACAUAAUUCGAUGGUCUGCUUUCACCUAUGGUAACAGCACUUAUCUCUUUGCUGGGCCAAGUACUACCAAGAUAUCUUAUCUGUUUAAAUGGGUUGGCUAAGAUAAAGACAAUACGAGCGAGACUGUUACUGGAUUUUUACUACAACUUAGAGCAGCUUGUUAAUGUCUUUUAGUCUGCCGUUGCUGUUGACUAAAGCAUGAAAUCAAUAUAGUGUUUCGUAAACGAAAGUUUACAAAAUCACAAUUUUGCUCAUUAAUAGUUGUCUCUAAUUGGCUUUGGUCUGAGUACAGACAUGUAUUAGGUCUUUGCCCAGUGAGUCAGACAAA